AAAAAAAAUAGAAAUAAAACAUCCUCGACGAUAGAAACUGGGCAUGAAUACAUCGUCGUUUAGGUGAUGGAGAAGUGUCACCGCGAUCAAUCUAGCAUGUCCCGAAUGCUCGUUCCAGAGAUCUUUCUACUUGUUGCGUGUAUGUAAUAUAUGUCUGUGGUUUGGUGAAACUCAAGAUCAGUGAUAUAUGCAACAACUGUUCAGUGCGUUGCGUCGUUUGUUGCGUGGAGGGUGUUGCAACAAAGCACGUGCAUUUUUGUUUUCCGAGAUGGCCAGUUUGAGAAUUAAUGGCCAGUUGUCUGAAGAUCAUACCGCAUUUUUCAUGUGUGAUGUACAAGAAAAAUUUAGAGGUGUCAUUGCAUAUUACGAUGCGGUUAUCAGCGUGGCUGAUAAAAUGGUGAAAACAGCAAAAAUAUUGAAUAUACCUUUGAUAGUGACUGAGCAGUACCCAAAGGGCUUGGGACGGACUGUAUCUGAGCUAGAUAUCAGCCAUGCAUAUCUUGUGGAAGAAAAAACAAAAUUCAGUAUGAUAACUCCAGUAGUUACUCAAGCUAUGCAGGAAAUUUGCAAAGGAGCUGUGAAAGCUAUUGUACUUUUUGGUGUGGAGGCUCAUGUUUGUGUGGAACAAACUGCAGCAGAGUUACUAGCCCAUGGUAUGCAGGUGCAUGUUGUCGCUGACUGUACAUCGUCACGGUCACAAGAAGAUCGUUUCUUGGCUCUUCAUAGAAUGAGUCAGAUGGGUUGUUACAUCACCACCAGUGAAACAGUUAUAUUCAAAUUGCUUGGUGAUAAGAACCAUCCUAAGUUUGCUGAAAUAAGGCCAUUGAUCAAAACUCCAUCACCACCAACGGGAUUGGUUAAUUACUCUAAAAUGGAGGGUAAGGACAUGAUCACAUAGAAGAAAAGAAAAAGCAGAAAAGGAAAUGUCAUUGAAUUUAACUGCAUUCAUUAUCAGUAAUUCUGACUGAAAUGUUAACCAGUGCUAAUAAGUUAUCCUUAUUGCACCUACUCAAUGUUUUUCCAUGUCAAGUAUUUCAUUUCAUUUUUAACUACCACAUUAUAGACUUAAGUUUUGUAUGAAAAUAUGAUUUCCAUAUCAGAUUGUCAAUCAUUUUCCUUUUUAUUGUAGACAUAUACAGAACAGUUUCUGGCCACUAUUUAGUUAUUGUGUUACCAGAUGUUGUGUAGUUCGUAUGAUUUUGCCACAAAUAUAUGCAAUUAAACCUGCAUUAGCUAUCAUUAUAUAACUGAAAUUACAAGUGAGUUCAACAUAAUACAAAUUUUGAUUAUGUUGUCAUUGUCCUGCCUUCAAAAUAAUUUGUAUUAGUGACUUUUGUAAACAGUUUGGGGAAGCUCACAGUACAGUUUAAUUUCCAGUGAGAAAUAUGCCCAAUUUUCUCCAUGCAGCUUGCUUUAAAAAUAAACAGUGAUGGUGAUGGAUUUAACAUUGAUUGUUCAUGUAUCUUGAAAGAUACUGAUUUAUAAUUUCAGCAGCCAUAAAAUGGUUUGUGUUAUUUGAUUAGUUAAAUAAGUGCAAGUAAAUAUUGUGUAAUAAGAAAUUAUAUCAUGGAAUUAAGAUAUUACAACAGUGGUGGUAUAUUUUAUUUUGUUCAAAUUAGUAUCAGGACAAGAAAGACUAAGACAGCAGAGAAUGAGUAAUAUUAUUCAUUGUCUCAAUGUAAUUUGAUGUUAUUUCAUAUAUGUGUGGCAUAUUCUCAGUGGUGCUUAAAUUAAGUGUUCUACACAGUUACAAGAAUAACUUUGGUUCAUUGUUAAAUUACACACCUACAUGUGAGAAAAUAAUGUAAAAAAUUGCAUUGAAAUAUUAAGCUAAUUUUUUUUAAUAAUUUGAUACAGAAAUGUAAAAUACUUAAUGAAAAAAUAAAUUUAACUUCAUUUAAUGGGCAUUACAAAGCAUACAAAGAAAAAUUCCUUUUGUAGAUUUCAGAUAUGAGACAGAGCUAAGAAUAGAAAUAUGAUUUACCAUAAGGGCAUGUCAUUUCAAUGCUGGUUGUGUUGUUGCACAUUAAAAUCAGACAUUACAAGGAUCAGAAAUGAAUUGGAGCACCAACAUACACAUUAAGAAUAGAAGUUAUAAAAUUAGUAGUGAUGGAAACAUCAAGCAAACAUCCACAUUUGCUGAGGUGGAUAAGUAACUCACAGAAUGGCAAACUGAUGUCGAAGGCUUUAUUUGUUUAGAUUGAUAUUUGUACCUCCCAAAGACAACACAAAAAAUGCAAAAGGAAUAAUAGUUGUGUGUGUGUGUGUGUGUGUGUGUGUGUGUGUGUGUGUGUGUGUGUCUUAAGUAUGUAGAGUACCUUUUCCAAGCUUUCAUUUUUUGCUGGUUACCUGUUUAUAUGAGCAGCUUUGCUCUCAAAUGAUUUAAGAGUUUUGAAUGUUCAUUGUAAGGCUUGUUUGUAAUAUUUAAGUAAUAAAAAAAUUCUUCAGCAAUUAUUUUCUGGGAUUUCCUGCCCUCUGCCAUUUGUAACUAGUUACUGCUGGAAUAGUCCACACCAGUGAAUGAAAUGAUUCAUAUUCAUGAAAAAUAAACAAAUAAAACACACAUAAAUCUGCAUAUUUGUUUUAAUGGAGCAAUGUGUAAGUAAUAUUGAUGUAUUACAGGUGAUAUGCUUCUGCACUUCAUCAGCCUGAUGUCUGGCUCAUCCAGCAAGCUACUGAGGAGGGCAGUAUAGGUUAGCAUGAAAUGCGAGACAUUGCCUGACUUGACAUUUUCCAUGUGUACAAAGCAUUCAGAGAAAUGUAAAUCAUGCUAAAUGGUGGAAAAAGGAUAGAGCACUAUUAGUACUGUACUUGCAAUGGGAGUAAUGGGGUUUAAAUACCCAUACAUGUUGAAUCAGAGUGUGUGCGCAGUUUCUAAUGAUCAUGUCUUCAGUGAGACACAAACCAUUAAUUUCACUCAUCAUUUAGAUCCCACAAAAUUGUCAAGUAUCCCAGUCAGUAUAAACUGUACAAAUGUUUUGUAAACAAUCUAUUUUGUGCACAAAUGGCAGUUGUACUGUAUCUUCUUACAUCAUGAGAGCCUGCCAGAUAAGUGUGCGAUAUGAUUUUUUCAGUGUUGAUUAAUGAAUAAUUUAGUCAAAGACUACUACAUUUUUACAUUUUGUAUGGUGAAGAAUUUAAUGUUGCUCUCCAGUAGGAGCUAGUUGUCAGUGUCCGAACAUGAACUGCCUCAUCAACCUGCAAUUUAUUACACUAAGCUGUUGUACAGUGAGACACUUGAAUGAAUGGUGCAUAGAAAAAGAGUCCUGGUAUUAUGCAAUAUUUCAAGAGCUUUGCCAACUGACAUGCAAACAUCCAAGAAGUGACUGUGCAAAAACUGAAUCAGUCUGCAUGGACACCUUAGCCGUAAUUGAUAAGAGUGCAACAGUUCUGUAGUUGGGUAUUAUUCCUUUGUGUCAUUACAAGAACGUACUGCCAUGAGCAGAUGCUGGCUGCCAAGGGAUGUGAUGAAGUACUUGCUGGAACUGGACAAGUCUCUUUGGAAUCUUCAUGGCAGUCUGGAAUCUCCUUAUGAGGCUGCAGUGAAUCUGUAUGCUGCCACAUCAUGACCCCUCUCUCACUUCCUUAUAGGGAAGCUGGAAAAAUGCUGUCAGCCCAUAGGAUCAGAACAUACUGGCUAUGGCACAGACUGGAGGGUGAGGAAGUUAUUUGUGAACUGACCACAGUUGCUUGGACCUGCCCCAUAGAUGGCUGCAUAUAGAGGCUGCUUCAUUUCCAAGUCUGUUAAUGGUUGGUGCUGUGAUGAUGUCAUCAACUGGCUACAACAGGGCAGUUGGGUAGGUGGCAGAUGUGUCUUAAUGUUAUCUGGCCCAAAAGGUCUUUUCAGGGUGAAACUGAUGUGGCAGAUGACUCCUAUGCUACAAUUGUGAUGUGAUGUGAGAAAUGGCAAUAUUUUGAGGUUCAAGUUCCAGGGGUGACCUGAAAGGUUGGCCUUUGAUGUCAAAUGGUGCUUGUAACCUUCCACCUAUUCACCAGUUUUGUAGCACUUUUACAAGUUGUGUGAAGGUACAAAGUCAACAUCUCUAGAUAAUAGGGCUUUCUGCAAUGGUGGCUGGUGAAGCUGACACCAUGACUUACAUCCUCCUGUUUUGUUGGACAGGUCUCUGGACUCAGUGACACUGUAACCUGCAAAACCCAUCUGUCUACCUUUUACUGCAUGCAUUCUUCCAUCGUUGAAAUCCUUUUGGUGACACAUUUGUAACAUGGAAACCCACAUUACAUCUGCAGGAAGACCCACAAUCCACCACGUAAAAACUAAUCCUGACCUUAACAUCUUACAUACCAACAAAGGCUCUACUGCUGUGGCUAUGAACUACUGGAAUUGCUUUACUUGGCUGAGGGCUUUCACCACUGUCAGACACCAGUUCCUCCUGAAAUCCUUAGGUCCAUUCCAGAACCCACCUACCCCCCCCCCCCCCCCUCUCUCUCUCUCUCUCUCUCUCUCUCUCUCUCUCUCUCUCUCUCUCUCUCUCUCAACACCUUCUGCAUAUUACCUGCAACCAACCCUAUAUGAAAGACACCAAUAAUUUCCUCCUCAGACUGUCCACAGCUUUUGUCACUCUACCUCUUGGUGGCCUGCUUAUAUUGUUCAGCUAAACACAGUGUUGACUUGUAUUUCAACAAUUUUUCUGGCACCGUAAUUAGAUAAAUAUGAUUUUUUACUUCCUGUAUAAUGUUUUAUCCUAUCCUAAAUGGUAACUGGCAUUGAUCAUGCUUACUUCUUUAGAUAGAGUGUUAAUUAUGUGUAGGCUCAUAAACUUUAUUGAUAUAUAAGAAAAUAUUCAUGGAUGGCUGAUGUAACUGUAAUAAGAUUGAUGUGUGGCUGGUAUGGCUUUGAACUUUGUACCUCUGUAUCCACAAAUACACUAUUGCAUACCUGUGUUUCUUGUUUUAAUGUAAUUAGGUUGUGAUAUGGCAGUGUAGUUUUAGCAUUUUCUAUGUCUUUAUUAUUUUCAACCUGCGUUUUUAUUGUAUGUAAUUGGCAUAUGGUGUUUUAAUACUCAGCCUGUAACAUCUACAAAUUAGCUUUUUCAUAAGUGUAUUGGUAAGACUACACAAGGAGAGCUGUCAGAGUUUUUGGGAUCUUGUAAAGAUCAGUUAUCUGGAUUGUAAUAACAGUAAGUUCAGUACAAAUUACUCAUUAAAUACAUGUAUUAGUGCAUUUUUAAGCAUACGAUUAAAGGUAUCACUUUCCUUUAUGUGUUAGUCCAGAAAACAUGAAAAGAUCCUAAGAUCAGGUUGUAGUUAUAUAGUUGUUUAAGUUUUGGCGCACUCAACUUAGAGAAUCCCAUUUAAUUGUUCUGUUUUUCUAUCCAACAAUUUAAUUUGUGUGUGUCCAUUCAUUAUUAACUUCAUAUUUCCAGAAAGUAGCAUAAAUCUGAAGUUAUAAUUUUAUUAGAUAAAUAAAAAAUCUACUCACCAAGUGGUGGCAGUUCACACACACACACACAAAAGAAGGUUAUGAUUAUGCAAUCUUUCAGAGCCAUUGGCUACUUCUUCCAGCAGAAGGGUAGAAGGGGAAGGAAGAGGGCUGUAGGAGAAGGACUGGAGAGGUCUAGAGAAAGGGGUAGAUUUUGAAAUUUCACCCAGAACCACUGGUCGGGGGGGGGGGGGGGGGGGACUUACCAGACAGUAAGCUGAAGCUGAAGGCUUGCAUAAUUAUAACCUCCUUUUAUGUGUGUGUUCCACCACCGCUUGUUGAGUAGAAUUUUUAUCUACCAAAUUAUAUUAUACUGUCAAUAAGUGAUUGUAAAUCUUAAGUUGUUUGAUUUAGAAUCUCACGCACUAGUUGUUUAUGUGCAGUUUACAUACAGUAAAGUUACAUUCUGUUGUGAUUAUAAUAAUUCACAGAUACUCAGUUGAGUGAGUGCUAAGUUGUUGUUGUAAGAGGAAAUAAAUAACUUUUUACAUUA